GCGACGUCAUAGCAAGGAAAGAUAGCCACAUAGUCAGAGUAGGGGAGAGAGAGAGAAAAAAAGGAACUGAAAACUAGCUGAAGCCUGAGGCAGGAAACAAAGUGGGAAGAGUCUGCAUUGUUGGAAUCUGCCUUGGAUUUGUUCAGAAGUUGAGGUCUGUGCUUCUGUGAGGGAUGAACUGGAAGAUCUUCAAGUCAGUGGCAGGAGAGUGAAGAAGAAAAAUAAGUUUUUCUUUUUUUUGUGGGGGGGGAGAGAGAAAAAACUGCUUGAAAAGGAAAUCAUGCGAGCAGAUGCUGCCUUAUCCAGUGUCAGGUUUCAGAAAAUGAGAGCCUACUGCAACUGUGCUGCUGCAGGGUCCAUUGAGCUGAGAAAGGCGUGUGCUGACGAUGCCUGCUGCUAACACCAUGACUGGCGGUAGGGUGCUACUGCUCUGUCGGGAUUCUGAAAAUUGCAUCUACCAAUCUGUGAACGGGCUUCAGUGCUGCGGAUUGAAGAUAGGGGAGAUUCCGACUGCAGUCCCUCAGAGACAGGGCCUGCAGCGGGACGGGGAAACUAAGACCCCAUUGUCCUCCUUGGACAACCUAAGUGACAGCCUGGGGCGUAGCACUAUGCUUGCCCAAAAGAAUACGGCCAUGGACCCCCGGACCAAUGAGAACGGACUGGCUGGCAGCAAUAAACACCCCAAAAACGUGGCUGGUCUCAAAAUUAACGCCAGCAUACGAGACAAAAUAUCCCAGUGGGAAGGUAAAAAAGAAUGUUCUGCGUCCUCUCCUCUGAUGGCUAGGAAGGAGCCCGAAACUGUGCGAAACAAGGAGACCAAAACUGUUGAUAUCCUGAGGGGAGAUAAUAAGAGGUUUGUGAGCUGGGAGAGACAAGACUCUGGGAAGGAGAAUGCAGGCAAGCUGGGGGAUUUUAGGCCUAAAUCCCCAGAGGCUCCUGGAAAGGGCAAAGAGGGAAAAUUAGAGAGAGGGAACAGUGGGAAAGACGCAGAAGGCACCCAGGAUAAGAAGUCCGUUCUGACCCACAUCAAAAAGUUGGAGCAAGCGAUGAAGGAGAGCCCCAGCAAACCUCCACUGGUAUUGCCUGGCAAUUACUUCAGCCCACCUUCCAAGGAAGAGCAGGAGGAGGCCGAGAGGAGAGCGGCAGAGCCUAUUUUUGGGACACUGGACGUGGUGAGGGGUGGCGUAAGACGUAGGCAGGACCAGGAGAAUGUAUACACUGAGCCAGGGGCACCUUCCAUUAAUCCUCUCCCCAAACCUCAGCGGACCUUCCAGCACCACACACAGGGGGCAGCUUCAGGCUCUGCCCUGGGGCUUGGGAAAGGACGAAGGAACCUGCCCCCAUUGCCCUCAGUCCCCCCACCACCACUGCCCACCUGUCCUCCGCCUAGUGUCAGCCGGAGACCCUGCACAGACCGACAGAGGAGUAAUGCCAGCAACAGGAAAUCUUACGAGUUUGAGGAUGUCCUCCAGUCCUCUACAGAAGGAUGCAGAGUUGAUUGGUAUGCCCAGUCCAAGCUGUCACUUACUCGCACUUUAUCAGAGGAGAAUGUCUAUGAAGACAUCCUGGAUCUUCCAUCAAAGGAAAAUCCCUAUGAAGACAUAGAGAUGGAGAGCCGCUGCCAUGGAAACAAGUUCCCCCUUCCCCUCACGCCAUCAUCGCCAGCUCCAGACACGCCCACAAAGCUCUCCUCCAAACCCGGGUUCUUCAGGCAGAACUCGGAACGCCGCAGCUUCAAGCUGCUCGAGCUGCGCAAGAUCAACCGGGAUGGCGGUGGGGUGUCGCCCUCCAAAAUCAGCCCCCCCUCCACUCCCAGCAGCCCCGAUGACACCCCCUGCCUCUCAGGAGACCCCAACAACCGCCGGCGACGGAAGAUCCCAAAGCUUGUGUUGAAGAUCAAUGGGAUUUUUGAGGCCCGCAGAGGGAAGAAACGCAUGAAGAGAGUCUCGCAGUCCACGGAGACUAGCUCUGGCAGAGUAACGGAUGAAAACAGCGAGUCUGAGAGCGACACAGAAGAAAAGCUGAAAGCUCACAGCCAGCGCCUGGUGUCAGUGCAGUCCAUGCUGAAGCAGACAGGCCGCUACCGCACCCUGGAGAGAGACCUGAUGGAGCUACAGGAGCGCAGGCUCUUUGAGUACUUUCUGGUGGUGGCGCUCCACAAGAAGCAGGCUGGAGCGCCCUACCUGCCUGAGGUCACACAACAGUUUCCCCUGAAGCUGGAGCGAAGCUUCAAGUUCAUGCGGGAGGCUGAGGACCAGUUGAAAGUCAUCCCUCAGUUCUGUUUCCCUGACGCCAAGGACUGGGUGCCAGUGGAGAACUUUGCCAGCGAAACGUUCUCUUUUGUCUUGACUGGUGAGGAUGGGAGUAGGAGGUUUGGAUAUUGCCGACGUUUACUGCCCAGUGGAAAGGGAAGGCGUCUGCCUGAGGUGUACUGUAUUGUGAGCCGGCUGGGGUGUUUUGACCUCUUUUCAAAGAUCUUGGAUGAGGUGGAGAAGCGACGGGCGAUUUCUCCUGCCCUCGUGCAGCCCUUCAUGAGAAGCAUCAUGGAGGCUCCAUUCCCUGCCCCUGGCAGGACCAUUACUGUCAAGAACUUCCUGCCGGGCUCUGGGACUGAGGUUAUUGAGCUGUGUCGACCCUCAGACUCGCGUCUGGAACACGUGGAUUUUGAAUGCCUGUUCUCCUCACUACAGCUUCGCCUCUUGAUUCGGGUCUUUGCUUCCUUGCUAUUGGAGAGGAGGGUCAUUUUCACCGCGGACAAGCUGAGCACGCUGUCCCAGUGCUGCCAUGCGAUGGUGGCCCUGCUCUACCCCUUCGCCUGGCAGCACACCUACAUCCCAGUGCUGCCGCCCUCCAUGAUCGACAUCGUCUGCACGCCCACCCCGUUCAUCGUGGGCUUGCUCUCCAGCUCCCUGCCCAGACUCAAAGAGCUGCCCAUUGAGGAGGUUUUGGUGGUUGACCUUGGUAACAAUCGCUUCCUCAGACAGAUGGAUGAUGAAGACUCUAUUUUACCUCACAAACUCCAAGCUGCUCUCGAGCAUGUUCUAGAAAAGAGGAAAGAACUAGCAUGUGAGACCUCAAAUGACUCCAGCUCUCUUAGCACGGUGGUGUCUGAGGCCUUUGUGCGUUUCUUUGUGGAAAUGAUGGGUCACUACCCACUCUUCCUGAGCGUGGCUGAACGGGAGGACGAGGCCGCCACCUUCCAGCGGGAGGCCUUCCGCAAAGCCAUCUCCUCCAAGAGCCUGCGGCGUUUCCUGGAGGUCUUCAUGGAGACGCAGAUGUUCACUGGCUUCAUCCAAGAGCGGGAGCUGAGGCGCCAGGGCCUGCGAGGCCUGUUCGAGGUGCGGGCACAGGACUAUCUGGAUUCCCUGCCAGGGAGUGAGCAGAGUGGAGUCAAUAAAUUUCUCAAAGGUCUAGGUAACAAAAUGAAGUUCCUGUCCAAAAAAUGAUGACGAAUUGGGGACAAAUAGAUAUUUAUAUGUAUGGAUCCUUCAUAUUUCUCGAUUUUGGAUUUGUUUUUCAUCUGUAAAUUGAAUUGGGAAGCAGCCUGACGAAUUACAAUCAUCUGGUUUCGAUAUAUGGCUUUGGAGACACUGGCAAUGAAAUAACAGGCUUGUGUCCUGUGAAGGGAUGUGUUGAGUACCGAAUGAGACAUGGAAGAAAGAGACAGCCCUUCUACUGCAGCCCUCCUGGGGAAACUCAGAAUACACUGUUAGAGCCUUUCUGCUGUCAGCUUGUACACAACUUCUACAGUGGGAUGAAGCCGAAGAAUCUCUAGGAGUAUCACAACGAUUACAGACUAACAUCUCGGAUAUGAAAGCUCUCCAAGUGUAAUCCAGAUCACAGCCUCAAAUUGUCAAUAUGGUCCUAAUUUCAGGUCUCCAGUAUAUGAUCCCUGUCUCCAACAACGUCCCAGACUUCACCGUGCAGUGUGUGGCUGUUGCAGUUCAACAGCUUGCACUGAAUAUUGACUUGCUCAUCAUUCCACCUUCGACAUCACCUCUGACAGCCAUCCUCCUUCUCCGAACCACUGGGAAGUUCCUUGAUCUGAAUCAAAGAGUUUACCGUUUCGCAAAAGUGGGCUCAUGUAUAGCAUUUUUCUACUAAACGGGAUUUUACUUUUUAACAUUGUACAACUUCUUCUGCAACAGGAGGCUACAAUUUAAUUUAUGUUACCUUUUUGACAUUUUUUUUUCUGUCCAUUUAAAAAAAAAACAUUUAUUGUAAUUUCUCACAAAGAAACUUAUGAGCUUUUAUUUAUCAAGUCUUAGCGCAUAUUUGGAAGGAAGACCACUCUGGCUAGGCAAUGGACUGUACCACUAUGUCUAAACAAAGGACAGUGUAUCUGAUAUUUUUGAGAAUGUACCAAAGGGAUUGAGGUGAAAGGAAAAGUAUGAACAGUGUUGCAGUAUGCUUUUUAAAGACAUGUUUUAGAAAUGCCUAGAAACUUCUAGAAAAAGUGGAGCGUGUGGUUGACUUAAAGAAGGUUAAAUGAUUUUUUUUCAGAAUGAAUAAGCUGUAGAGAUGGGGGUGUCAGCUCCCUAAGACUUACUUUGUAUGACUAUUUGCCAGUUAUUGCCUAUUUUGAAAGACCACUAGAUUUCUUUUAAACCUAAUUUGAUUUUAAGGAGCAAAGAAACUGUAUCAAAUAAACCAAUUUUUAAAAAGAAAGGUGUUGACCAUGGAAAAGUCUGCAUUCAUGGCUUUGUUUCAGAGCACUUUUUUUCAUUGUACUGUACCAUAAGGCUGUUCACAUCUGUGGUUCUCUUUAUUAACAUUGUAGGAUAAUUUUUCAUUGCAGGAGAAUUUUUAAAUUUAGAAGAAUGGAGGUGAAGUAUUAUUCCUUACAGGUAAAAAAAACAAACAUUGUACGAUACAAUCUAAGGUUCUCAGAAACAAGCAAUCACAGGGUUGAAAAAUUUAAUCAUAAAUCCAUGUAUAUCUUUAAAUGACUUGCAGUUUAAAUUAAAUAAUCAGAUUU